UAACAUUCGUUUCCUGUUCGGUAAGGGUCACACACAUGAGUGCGGAGUUAAGUUAGAGUCCAGUUCACAAAGCUGAAUCUUCCUUAUACAAUCACUAGUUUUUGAAAUGAUGUUACGGACGCUGUGUCGGACCGGCGGGGCCCUCCUGCAGCAAACCCAGAGGACCGUGCCCAGGUUGUGGGUGACGCCGGCCCAGCAGCGAUGGGCGUCCAGCCUGCCCAUGAACACUGUGGUCCUGUUUGUGCCCCAACAGGAAGCCUGGGUGGUGGAGAGAAUGGGUCGCUUCCACCGCAUCUUAGAGCCGGGUUUAAACUUCCUCAUACCGUUACUUGACCGUAUUCGCUACGUGCAGAGUCUCAAGGAGAUUGUCAUUGAUGUCCCGGAGCAGUCUGCCGUAUCUCUAGAUAACGUAACUCUACAGAUUGAUGGGGUGCUUUACUUAAAGAUCCUAGACCCUUUUAAGGCCAGUUACGGUGUUGAGGAUCCAGAAUACGCCGUCACACAGCUGGCACAGACCACCAUGCGUUCAGAACUGGGCAAACUCACACUGGACAAAGUGUUCAGGGAAAGGGAGUCCCUCAAUUCCAACAUUGUCCACGCCAUCAACCAAGCUUCAGAUGAUUGGGGAAUCCGUUGCCUCCGUUAUGAAAUCAAAGAUAUACACGUUCCACCUCGUGUCAAGGAGUCCAUGCAGAUGCAGGUGGAGGCUGAGCGCAAGAAGAGAGCCACGGUGCUGGAGUCUGAAGGGACGAGGGAAGCGGCCAUCAAUGUCGCGGAGGGUUGUAAACAAGCUCAGAUUCUGGCCUCGGAGGGUGAAAAAACAGAGCGGAUCAAUCAAGCAGCUGGUGAGGCCCAAGCAGUGGUGGCCAAAGCAGAGGCAAAAGCUAAGGCUAUCCGUGUGCUAUCGGAGGCUCUGACUGAGCAGAAUGGAAAUGCAGCAGCCUCGCUGAGUGUGGCCGAGCAGUACGUGUCUGCUUUCUCCAAACUUGCCAAGGAGUCCAACACCAUCCUUCUGCCCUCUAGUACCGGCGACAUCAGCGGAAUGGUCACACAGGCUAUGACCAUUUAUAGCACGUUGGCAAAGACGAGCCAAAAAGCAGCACCAGAGGCGGUGAAGGAGAAGAGCGAGGAGGUCGUGAACCAGUCAUCUCAAUAGCAGUGGGACACACUGAAUGGACUCAAAGCAGAACAAUGACACAGAACCAGAAGAAGCAGUUUGUGUUUCAGUCAUCUGGGCUCCAAGGCAUCGCUGUGUGAGCACAGUUCACGUGCCUCCCACUGGCAGGGCAGAGGAAACAACUUACUAAACUUCUGGGAUGUUUUGCCUUGGAGUCCCUGGAAAAUCACAUCUUUUGCAAGAGGAUUUUUAGUCUUUGCUGACUAUUGUUUAUGUUCAGUUAUUGUCAGAUUGUGAAAUCAACACCAGCCUUCAGCCAGACAUGUUCACACCAGUGGCUUUGGCAGGCUGACAAAUUGGAGAAAUUGACGGCAGAUUUUUGAUUUAUUAGCCACUGUGGCCAGUGGAUGCAAAAAUAAGCCAUGGAUGUUGUGCAGCAUAAAAUUUAUUCAUUAGUUCUGAGAUUUUUCUUGUGUGCAUCACAUGGUGAAACACAUGAUCGUGUUUAGUGUUUUCUCCUUUUUCAGCCUGUUUUUCAGGGCUGGCCCAAAAUAACUCUGUUCAGGUUCUGCGGGUUCAUUAGCACCAAUGUGAAAAUCACAGUUAGCUCAGGUGAGCCGUCUGCUUUGAUUUGGCUCGUUCACAGGCAUCACUGGGACCAGCGACUUUGAUUUGCUACAUGUAAUGUCUGGCUGGCUGCCUCAGAAUGGUGGAAAGUUCCCCAAAAUGUAGUUAUUUCACAAGGUAGCCCAUGUUAGAUUAAAACACAAUCUCCCUUAAAAACUUGAUCCAGUAUUUGCUUAAUAAUAGUCUUGAGAUUUGAUUAUUAAUAUUUUUUUUUGCAUUAUUCAGAAACAUUACCCUCUUGAUAACUAGUUAGUAUACAAAGUCAGCCCUAGGAACAAAUGUCCCUGUCCUCUUUGUAUCCACCUCUUUUGUCUUGUGGGAUAUAUUUAUUACAAUUCAGUUUCCUGCAAAGACAGCAAGUUUUUCAUUUCAUAGACUUCACCAAUUCUUACAGGUUAAUGAAAAAUAAACUUGGCAUGUGUCUUUGAGACUCUCACCAAGUAAAGAGACUUCAGUACGUGUAUCUGACGUGUUGGAAUGAAAUGUUGUGAAGCACUUACAAAUAUAUGCGAUUAUGUUAGAAGAAGCUUCUUCAAAUGUGAUGUUGUGACGGCUGAUGAAGACAAACUGUAUGAUUUGAAAAUGGAUGUUUAAGUCGACCCCUGUGUUUUGGGCCACUGUUGGGGUCCAGCAAUGUUAAAUUACCACAAAAUAAAAAUAUG